AUGGCAGAAGGAGAAGGAACCGAUGCUAAGAUUGCGUCGUUGGCGCAACAAAUAGAGAAAAUGACUCUAAUGAUGGCAAAGUUGGUGGAAGAUCUUGCAUGCAAACCUCAAGAUGAGAUUCCCGAAGAUUCCAGGAGGAAGACCUCAAGAACUUAA